UCAAUUCGAUUAAAAUUCUCACUGCCUUGACUUGAAUUUGCUAGAAAAUCCAUUCUUUAAAGAGAGCUCAGCUUGGCUCAACUUCUUACCAAAGUCAUCGUGAUUUUCGCAGAAACAAGCUCUCCCUGAAAGGGCGGCCUAAGCUCCGGAGACAGAACCCUUCUCAGGGAGCAUAUAAUGGCUUUGAAACAAGUGAACUAAACUAGUACAGUAAUCUUGGUUCUCUCUUCGAGUUCAUGUCCCACAACCGCUUCAGAGCUUAAGUUCCAACAGUUGCAUCAAUAGAUUAGGUCAUCGCCUAAUAUAUUCAGUUUGUAGAAAUUAUAUCAUCAACUUGUUGCCUCUUUACAGUCUUUGGAAAAGAGUAAGAGUAACAUGGAUGAGAAGAAUGAUGUUGAUAAGGUUGAAGAUGUGAUGUUGCCUGGUUUUCGAUUUCAUCCAACAGAUGAGGAGCUUGUCGGAUUUUACCUCAAGAGAAAGAUCCAGCAGAGACCUUUGCCGAUUGAGCUGAUUAAGCAAGUUGACAUAUAUAAGCAUGAACCCUGGGAUCUUCCAAAGCUAGCAGCUUCAGGUGAGAAAGAGUGGUAUUUCUACUGCCCAAGAGACCGUAAAUAUAGAAACAGUGCAAGGCCUAACAGAGUCACAGGAGCCGGGUUUUGGAAGGCGACUGGAACAGACAGGCCUAUUUACUCUUCUGAUGGCACCAAGUGUAUUGGUUUGAAGAAGUCCCUAGUGUUCUACAGAGGCAGAGCUGCCAAAGGGAUUAAAACAGACUGGAUGAUGCAUGAAUUUCGGCUACCUUCACUCUCGGACUCAACACCACCAAAGAAGCUCUUAGACAAAAGCCUUCCCGCAAAUGAUGCAUGGGCUAUUUGUAGGAUAUUCAAAAAGACCAAUUCCAUGGUUCAAAGAGCUCUUUCUCACUCUUGGAUAUCCUCAUUACCUGAGACUACAGCAUCUGAUAUAAUCCACCAAGGUGCACCUUGCACUCAGUUUAGCUCAGAAAAUAUUUCUUGCACAACGGAAAUCGGAUCAGCGAUACAGUUAUGCAGCAACAUUGAACUCCAACAAGGCUCCACUGCUAGUUUUUCUGCUCUAGAUAUUCCCUCUUAUAAAUCAUCCAAUCCUACAGUGUAUAGGCCAUCUCCAUUUCCCGUUUCCAACGGAGACCUUUACAACAACUUCCUGCUCCCUCAGCUUGACAUUUCUGGAUCCCUCAAGUGUACAGUUGAUGCUUCCUCCAUGCUAUUAAGCCCAAUCAUGAUCACCGAUGUUAGUAAGGCCUCCGAGAGUAUAGAUUUUGGAGGGCAACAACAGCAAUACAAUGGCUUCUCAAUCAACUUGCCCCAAAAUAUGCAAGGCAAUACAGAUGUAGGAGAAAGUGAGGAGGAAGCGAGGAAGAACUCGAAUGCAAACCCUGAGCAUAACCAUUGGGGGACCAUCCGAUCAAUGGGAUUUCCUUUCAGCUUCUCUCCAAGUGUGCCUGAUUCAUGGAAGCCUAAUCUACCAUGGGAUUCACCUCAACGUCCGAGCGAGAUGUCCACUAAUUCAACUGACAGAUGCUAUACUUGAAAUAGAUGUCUACUAAUUUUGGAUUCUUGAGUUGUAGCUAGUAUUUGCAGCACACCUAUUCACAGUAUUAUUGUACAGAUUUCACAUAUUACAACCAUACAUCACAGGCUGAAUAUUUGCUCUUAUUUGUUUCCAUGUCUUCUUCUCCCACUUCCUUAUUUCUUUACCUUCAUUUAACAAACAGCUUCACCAUUCCCCUUGGUAUGAACAACUUUCAACA